AUGACCGGAAAAGGGUGCGACGUGUCGCAGCCGUACGACACUGCGGGCCGUGCAAGCCCUGCUGCGAUGGGACGGGCAUUCCCGCUCCUCUGCCUUGCGUUCCAUGAUAUUUCACCCCAAGCUCCAACACAUUUCCUAGUGAUUCCUAAGAAGCCAAUUGUCAAGUUGUCUGAAGCAGAAGAUUCUGAUGAAUCUCUUCUUGGGCAUUUAAUGAUUGUUGGCAAGAAGUGUGCUGCUAACCUGGGCCUGACCAACGGAUUCCGGAUGGUUGUGAAUGAAGGGCCUGAGGGUGGGCAGUCUGUCUAUCAUGUGCAUCUCCAUGUUUUGGGUGGUCGCCAGUUGGGCUGGCCUCCUGGCUAAGAUUCUUACCCCACAAAUCUUAACUGCACGCCUACAAAUUACCACCAAAUAGAUUUCAUGUGUUGCCCGUCAAUCUAGCCACUGUUAAUGUAAUUAUUUUUUUUUUUUUUGGAAUGUGUGUCUCUGAAGGGUAAUAAAUGCUCUGAACAACAAUCGCACAAUAAAGAUCUGUGGGAAU